AUGGACAUUAUAACGGAAUCGUUAAUUCCUGAUGAUGUGCACCAAUUCCUAGUACAAUUCUUCUCACAAAAUAUUUCUGAUAACGAUUGGCAAAUUAAAGUUGAUGAUUUACGAUCCUCAGAGAAAAACAAUCUAAUUACUGCACUAGUACGAAUUUUACGUCGUACAUUACCACAGUUCGUGAAAGCGUUUUCACUUGGAGCUCAAAACCCUCUUCAAAGCAUUGCAACAAUCGAGCAAGCGCACCUUAACGCGUUUGUACAUCCAUGCCUAGAUAGUGCUUUAUGGAACGUAGCGAAAAUACAUUACGAGUAUGGCGAGAUUCCCUCGAAAAACCAUAUUAAUAAGGACCGUGCAGAUGGCGUUGGUCUUAUGACCAACGCUGAUAAAUUCCAAAUUGUAUAUGUGGAAGGCUCCAAGCCAGUUGCGAAGCAAGAUAAAGAAAUCGCUGACGCUGAAAAAAUUGCCCGCAAUCUGAAAAAUAUAUUUUCAAAAACUGUAAAAGAAGUAAUCAAAAAUCGUAGGCGUUUACCAAAGAGGCUGUUUAUAUUUGGCGCACAGAGUUUUCGACUACGUCUUCAUUUAUAUUAUCUUGAUUACUGUGGAAAUUUUCGACUAAAUGAGGUUGAUAACGCCAACUUACCACGGAAUUUUUCGGAGAUGCAAGACUUUGUAUAUUUCUACGAAUGUAUAUUGAAAUGGGCGUUGUUAGUUCAGGACGUAAUAAAAUCCUUUGACGAUGCAAGAUCCGAAAAGAGACCCUCCCGGUUCUCAUAUGCGAAUUCCCUUCUUCAACUAGAUGAAUGA